GGAAGACACGACAGCCAGCACGACAGCAAAGGAUUCAGCGGAAAGUAAGCGGAGCGAAGAGGGGGGAGAGGAGCGAAGCCUUCCCAGUCCCAGAGGACCACUUCAACAGGACCAGCAUAAUGAAUGGUGUUACUAAGGAAACGGCGUACAGCGGGAUGAAAAAGGAAGUGCCAUUGGACUGUUGGGAGAGGAGGGGGCGUAGCUAUAAAAUGCAGGGGGAAUACGGCAGACGGUAGCCAUUAGGUGCAGACCACGGUGCCGUACGGAUUACCAAUCUCUUUGCCACUGCCUGCACAGGACACGCCGAGGGAAAUUCGCAUGGUGCAGCAAAUUCCACCCGUUUUACCUUCCCCAGCUCGAGCGAUGCUGUUUAACACCUCACCACCCCUGUCUACUAACAGCGGAUACGUCGGAGAGCACUUUGACGCGCAUCCCAAUCACAUGAAGCGUCGCUCUGGACCUUAUGAAGUUGAAAUCAGAGACGGUUCUCGACCAAAGAUCGUGCGCAGGGUCUUCACAAACAGCCGUGAGCGCUGGCGCCAGCAGAAUGUGAACGGAGCAUUCGCUGAGCUCCGCGGGCUCAUUCCCACACACCCACCUGACAAGAAACUCAGUAAGAAUGAGAUCCUUCGCCUUACCAUGAAGUACAUUGACUUCCUGGCCAAUUUGCUGACUGACCAGGAGGGCUCCGUGUUGGAAAGGGUUGAUGGCAAAGUAAGCGAGAGGCACCACCUAGGGGAGGUGAAGGAGGAGCUGACGCAGGGCCUGCUGUCCCCCAACUCCAGUUGUGGAAGCCUGCUAGACGAAGAGACCAGCGCCGAGAGCUUCUCUGAGGACCUGGACUCCUACUUGGAGACACGGCCCACUUCACGGGGACUGCACCCAACACUGCACUUAGAUGGAGACAGCCAACGGUGAUGGAAUCUGGUGCAGAGAAGAGGAACAGUGGAGAAAUCAGAAACAGAAAAAACUGAUUGAGAAACUGGUGCAUACCAUGUUUACCUCAGUGAGGGAUGUGGUUUAUUGGCAAUUUCAAUAAGCCAUUUGCCAAUAUGCUGAUGUGAUGUGGGAAGAAUUUUAGACUUCACCACAUGAUGGGACCAUGGUACUGUGUACACUCAGCGUAACAAUAUAUACACGGAAUGAAUCAUGUUGAUAUGUCUGCACUUCCAUCAGACUUCCAGCCCCUUUCUUUAGUAUGCAAUGCACCUCAAAAUAAUAGGCUGUUAGGGGAGUCCACAUUUUGAAUGUGUUAAUAGAGGCUUACCGAGUUGAACUUUGAACUCUGAUUAAAGAGCACAGGAGAGUCCCAGGGGUUGAGGCCCUGUUGUAAUGUUGUUACGCUGAACUGGUCUUCACCACCACUGUUUUUUCUCAUUUAAUAUAUUUGUAUUGUUUUACACUGCUAAAACAGUGAUCACACAAUAAUUGCACUCACCUGGUAGUUAACCAGUGAAUUUGGUAACCAUGGUAUUUGGUAUGUUGUAGAAAACGUUGGCGAGCAAAAACAUCCAUGAAUAUGAUGCAGUGUUAUAUGACGAUAUAUUAUGUACAAAUAAAAUAAAUGCAAUGCA